GAUGGUGGUCCAGCUAGUGCAAUUAGGAACCGAAAGUGGUAAAGUAACCUCAGACAGUUAGUUAUCCUUUCGAGCAGGCCACUAUAAACCUAAUGAAGCUUCUUAAUAUCUUGCUUGUGGCCCUUGUGGCAAUCUCUGCCGCCGGACCCACGUGGGCUGAAAAGCGUCAGUUACUCCCCAGCUGUGAGAGCCUAGCCGAGGGAUCCCUUGUCGCUGAUCCUGCAAGAUGUGCCGGCUACUAUGCCUGCUCCCGUGACAGACCUGUGCAUCACAGUUGUCGUCUGGGUCAGUUCUUUGACGACGACAGCAAGUCCUGCCGUGCUGCCAAUUUAGUCCAUUGUGUGAAUUUCAAGGGAUUAGCUUUGCGCGCGUCCUCUGACGCUGAUAUAAAAGGCCAUGAUUCUCAAGAACCAUGCGAAACUACAACUCCACCUUGCACUGUAACUCCACCGUGUACAAUAACUCCACCGUGCACAAGAACCCCGCCUAGUCCCUCUGAGACAACCACAUGCUCGACAACCACAUGUACGACAACAACAUGCACGACAACAACAACCUGCACUACUACAAAAGAGCCUUGCGGUCGUACCACAACACCACCCUGUGAAACUACCACAUGUUCCACGACAACAACAUGCACGACAACAACAUGUACGACAACCAACAUGCUCGACAACCACAUGCUCGACAACCACAUGUACGACAACAACAUGUACGACAACCACAUGUACGACAACCACAUGCUCGACAACAACACCCUGUGAAACUACCACAUGUUCCACGACAACAACAUGUACAACAACAACUGCAUCCCCAAAGAAAGAGAUUAGUCAGCUGAAGAUCGUUAUUAGUACC